AUGAAUUCGCUGCCGUCGAAGCCACUCAAACGCGCAAAGCCAGGCGGCCUGAAUGCGCUGACCCGACGAUAUCCCUUCCUGCUCUUUGGGCUGCCUUUCGUACUCACCAUCGUCGGCGGAUCAUUUGCACUCUCCUCGUUCACUCAGACACGGUACGAUCUCAAGGACAGCAAAGUACGUCAGGUCAGUCAGGAGGAAGAGCUCAACAUGAGCAAAUCUCGCAAGAAAGUCGAUCUACGCGAGGAGUACUUUCGCCUACGUGCUCAGGAAGACGAGCUGGACGAAUGGGAGAACAAGCGAAUCAGCAGGCUGCCUGGUCAAGCACAGUGGGGCGAUAUGGCUCCUCCGCCGACUCAGAAGCAGCUGCAAGAGCAGGCGCGCAGAUCAUGA